CUAUUUAUGUGAAUAGAAAGUGGCAAAAUGAGUGGCUGGCGGACAAAGGCAGAUCUCCUGAAGGACCUCAGCGAGGUGAACGGGCGCCGGACUGGGAUUGAAGAGCUGGACCAACAUGUGGUGGCCGGGGAGCGGCCUCCGCCUAUCCACCAUGAAAUGCCCAAUGAAGAUGAGAUGAGCUACUUCUUCCGAGGCCACGGGGCGUCCGGAGACGGCGGCACGGGCCCAGACCUGGCCGGCAUCUCGACCAUGCUCAAAAUGGUGAGCGAUUUGGAUGAUACAAGAGAUAUUAACGAACCAAUGACUCUAUUCCGAAAUAGAGCAACAGAUGAAAUUAGAAUAAGUAAGCUAAACCCUAACGCCGGAGAGUAUGUUCCAGGCAGUGGCUUUAAGUAUAAUAGAAAUGUUCCAAAGUAUUCUCCAAAGAAAAAUAAUAAUUUUCAUGGAACUAGAACUAAUAAACCUGCCAAUGAAAACAUAGCUACAUCUCAAUCUAAUCUUAGCGGAACAAAACAGAACCAACCAACGUUUAAUAAUAUGUUUAAGAGUAAAAGUGCUAAAGAUCCACUAGAAGACAAAAUCAAUGCAAGUAAUUGCGAAACUAAAAAAGAAAUACCAACAUUUAAUAAUAUUAAUAUGUUUAAGAGCAAAAGUAUAAAAGAUGUUCCAGAACGCAAUGAAACGGCUAACGUAAAUAUAAAGACAGUGCAACCUGAAUCACAAACUAGUCAGGAAGAACUAUUAAAAACACCAAAAGGAAAUUUACUCGCAAAUGGUCUUCCAAAAAGGCGAAUAGAAAAACCUAAACCGGAAGAAAUAAAAGAGCUGCAAGACAAAGUAAAAUCCACAAUCGUAGCAUCGUCGGUUGACAACUCACUAAAAACCAAAAGGCAGAAAAACGUCGCUAUAGCAACUUUGCUCAAGCUCGGUGUAGUUCCCGAUGAAAAACCAGUGAAGCUUAUAAAGCCGGAUUAUUUUGAGAAACCUCCGACUGAUGAAAAACAAAUUGAGAAUGAAGUUAGCGAAGUAAAGGAUAUUCCUUUGAAGUCGAGCAGUGAAAGUAACGUUGAUUACAUAGAUCAGGAUUCGAUAUCGAAGGUUAAUGGGUGGUUUAACAGCAUGGAGUGUCCGAAGCCUAAGCCGCAGCUUCAGGAGCCUUUGGUGUUAAAGGAUUGUAUUACUUUUAAAAAGAAGACUGCUUCGAGCGUAACAUCUAGGCACACAUCAACAAGUGCCGCGGAACCCGCCAGAGAUCGCGAAACAAAGUCCUUCAAGCCGUCGGACUAUGCCAGCGAACUCUUAAGAAAAUACGAGACCAACGCGCAACAACAGGUGUCCUUGAACGAGGACUUGGGGACCCAACUUGAGAGGCAGCUUAGGGACCGAGAUGAAAUUGUAAGGCAGAAGAUGCUGGCUCGGCAGAACGCUGGUUAA